GGCCCAGGGCGGCGGGACGGGCUCGGCCUCGCCCCGCUCCGCCGUCUCGCUGCCCUCAGACAAGCGGGGCGGAGGCGCGGGACAGCGGCUGCCCGCCGGGACCGGGGAGCCGGCGCCGUCACUGGCCAGAGGGAACGAAGGGGGAGCCGCGGAGGGGACGGAAGGAGAGUUGCAGGAGUCAUGGUAAAGUGCUUGAGAGCUCCUUGGCAAGAGAAGCUGGAAUCAAAGGAAUGUUUUGUUUGUUCUCAAACACUGGAUAUGCUGAAUCAAUGAACUGUUACUCCAGGAAGCAGAGCUGAGAGGACAAACUGAGAAGACAUUAUUGUGAUGGCAAGCAGGAAUGCAACACUCUCCCAGAAGUCUCUCAUCUAAGGAAACAUGCAAGAAAGCAAUUUUUGUGACUCUUUAAACCACUGACUGUAACCUGGUCCAGGUUUGUCAGUGCCUGCUGAAAAAACUUCUAGAACUUUAAAGCAGGCUACAAGACUGUCUUCAGCAGGAUCCAAGAUCUUCCCAGACUCUUUACCAGCCCUACACACAAAACAAGAUGAUUGACCUAAGCUUCCUAACAGAGGAGGAACAAGAGGCAAUAAUGAAGGUGCUGCAACGGGAUGCAGAGCUUAAAAGAACUGAAGAAGAGAGAGUCAGGCAUUUACCAGAAAAAGUCAAAGACCAUGUUCAGCUGAAGAAUAUGAGUGGGCAGUGGUUUUAUGAGGCCAAGUCAAAGCGGCACAGGGACAGGAUCCACGGAGCAGAUAUUAUCAGAGCUUCCAUGCGCAGGAAAACUGCCACCAUUGCUGAAGUGGGUCAGAACAAAACGAGCAAAGCAAAGAUCAGCUGGGUGAACAAUGUUAACAAAGAAGUCUUUGAGCCAUCAGAUCUACAUUGCAUUGAGGAACAUCAAGAAGAAGAACAACAGAAAACUAGUUGGAGUUCUAAAGAAGUAACCUCUGUGUUAAACAAGUCAGAGGAAAGACCUGUGAAGGCAGCAGUCUCAUCAGUAAGGCAAAGAAGAAAUCCCUUUAAUUCCACUGUAUCAGAUGAUGACUUGACCAGUGUGGAAUCAGAAGACAGACCAGUCAUUGUACCUCAGCUAUCAAAGAAGGAAAUUUGGUCACUCUCAGAAAACAGCCCACCUAAAUCAAACUUACAAAAUCAUGAAACAGAUAAACCUGAGAAGCCUUCUGUUGAACUUACUGAUGAAUCACAGAAGCAACUAGUUAAGCGUCCUGUCCCAAAAGCUAGGAAACUAAUUCACAAAGCAGCAGAUUCUGUGUCUCAAAGAGAAGACCUUGUUCCCAAGCCAACCAAGCAGACUGAGAGGGUAAAUGGCAUUGGUACCCCACCCAGGGGCAUCCUGAAGCGCAGCUCAAGCUCAAGUUCCACUGACUCAGAAGUUCGGGUCAGUCAGACCUUAGACGUUCAGAAAAAGAAUGGUCUUGCUACUGCAACUAUUUUUGAAGGAGAAGGUGAGAAGAACUCUUUUACAGAAGAAGCAGAAAACUCCACACAAAAUUCAUUGGAAAAACUGAAACAAGUGAGGUUUUCAUCUAGCUCAGGUAAAGGAAAACCUGUGCAAAGCCCACAGCUACACCAUGAUAAAGAAAAAGGAGAGAAUGAUAUCUUAGAAGCUGAGAAAAAAAAGAAUGGUGGAAAUUAUGCUGUUCAAUCAGAUUCAUUUGGGGAUAAGCAAAUUCCUGCUGCAAAGCCUUUGGGAAUCUAUUCAUCAACUUUAAAAAUGAAAACAAUAGAUGGCUUACAAGAAGACACAUCUGCAUCCAGCCCUUGUGACAGUAACAGAUCAUACUUCCCAGUUAAUGAAAGCUUCCAGACAGAUACAGUUUCUCCCAAGAAACUUGAAACUCCACAGAAGACCUCCAGCAAUAUCCUGUCAAACAGCAAUAAUGAGCGGAGUGUUGAUAAGACACAUGAAAAAAAAUCCAACCAGAUCUUGAGCCAUGAAUCAGAGUCACACAAAAACUUUACUGAUGGACAUCAACUUUCUGCUGAAACAGAAGCACGUGAGGCAUCCAAUACCAAUUCUACAAGUCUUCAACAAGGUAAGCCUGAUCUUGUUGAGGACAGAGAUGCUAAAACCAUUUUCAAGCCUGGCAAGCAUGCUGAUGAACUCAUGAAAGUGGAUGAUGAAUCUGUUGCAAAAGUUUUAGACUGGUUUAAAAGAAGUUCUAGUACUGAAGAUGAGGAAGUUGUAUCAACAAAGUCCCAAGGCAGGGAGCCCAGAGAGGAAGUGGAUGUGUCAAUCAGAUCAGCAGUUCUUCCUACAGAGCACAGUGGGCCUGGCAUGCAUGGAAAAACAGAACAUACAGAAGAGAGACCAUUUGGAAAGACUGAACAACAGAGCAGAAUUUCAUCUACAUCCUUUACUUCAGAAAACAUACAACUGAUAAAGGAGAGGGCAAAGCCUAAGACAGGGGAAGCAAAUGAGAAGCAAAAUGAUAAAUUGCUGAAUGAAUUUGAUUGUACAAGAGUUGAAGAAAAAGAACACGAUCAAGAAAUCAAACAACAAAAUAUAAAAUCUAAUCUCUUGGACCAUCAAGGGCACAAGCUACUAGCUCAGAAAUUUGAAUCGGAGAAGGCAAUACAAGAAAAAAGACGAAUAAAGGAGAUCAGAGCAUUCUGGGAAAGGGAUAAAACUAUCCCCAGUCAUGGAGAGAAAGAAGUUAGUAUCAAUGCUGAUGCGUCAGGUGGCUGUGCAUUUACAGGUCUCCGAGAAAGCGACCAACUAAAACGAACUGCAGUGUAUCUACCUGAGGCAUUGCAUGAUCAGAGCAAGAAUACACCAAGAAGUCCUGAACUAAGUUGUGCAAGCCAGGCUUCAAGAAGCAAAAGUUAUCAUUCUUUUGAAUCAGGACCAGGCCAUGCAUUUGGAAAACCAGAAGUGACACUUCAAUGUGAUGAACUCCCAAAAGCCAGUAACUUGCAUCCCAGAACCAGUGUUACUUCAGCUUCCUCAAAGAGCAAAGAUGAAGAUGAGAAGGAAACUCUUAAAGGGAAAGUUGCUGCUUCUUCCCAACAGAAGCCCAGCUUCCAGGUUUUGUCUUUAAAAGAAAAGAUGAAUGAAAAGUCCAAGAAUCAAAUUUUAGAUCCUUCACACUUCCAGAGUCUGAGAAACUUCUGGGAUACUGGAGUUAAAUUCCAGAGUAGCAUUGACAGGGAAGAUGAUUCUUUGCCAAAUAAUACUAGAUCAAUAACCUAUGUAAGAAAAUCAAAGGAAGAUAAAAAAGGCAGAGAUAAUGUGAGCAAGCAAGGGUUAAUUCAACAACAAACCCAAACAUCUGAGAGAGAAAAACCACAGAAACUAGAUUCUGUGGUAUGCAAAAAGUCUCUAAGAUCUCCUAUCCUAAAAGGUCUGAAUGUGACACACACAAGGAAUACAGACUCUCUCCAGCUGGAUAGACAACCAAGUAUCUCAAAAUCCCAGGAAAAGAUGGGUCUUCCAGAGCAAGAAGUUAGAGAAUGUACAGAAAAAAGCAUUGUUUCAUCAAAAGAUCAUCAUGUAUCCUUGCAGCUCCACUCACCUGGUGAUAAAGAUGCUUUAAAGGACCCAGUAGUAGAUGAUAAACUGUAUUUACCUAUAGAAAAAGGGGAAAACAAGACUACUCCUUUGGAUAAAGAGGAAGUUGCAGAGACUGUGGAUAAAGUUGUUCUACCUAAAGGUGAGCUUGAUAUAUUUAAAUCAUGUCUAAAGAAGCUAGAAAAGGAAGCCUCUGAGAUGUCAUGUAGCUUAAACCUCAAAGAAAACCUUUUAAAAGGGACACAUUUUCAGUCAAAUCAGUGCAAGGUUUUUGAGAGAACAGGGGACAGCAGUCAUGAUAUUUCUCCUGUUGAUCAAGGAGAAGAAAUAGGCAAAAGUACAGGCCAAGUGAUUGUGUCAUCAACAGACAAGCAUGAGAACAGAAAUAGUCUCAGAAAACUGUUUAGGGAAUUUGAACCUUUGUAUCUACAGUAUCAGGCAGCAGACAAGGAUGAUACUCUUGAGGGCUCUCAGAGGCCUCAAGCUGGUUUGGAGAACCUUCUCAAUGAAACCCUUGUACCUCAACCUUCUGAAUACAGAAGGGUGGAGAUAAAAACAUAUGAUGACUCAAAUAGUCUAUCACAAACUAACUGCAGUGCACAGUCAGCACACCAAGAAGGUACAGGUCAGCCUGAAGAGGUCCAUGAGCCCAUAGAGAAGUCUGUUGCUGGAUCCAAGGUCAAUGGCUUGAGUUCUGCUCUAGAGAAAUUGCUGAAGGAGGCUUCUGAAGCACCACCUCCUAAAUCCAAACGUGUUGACAGCACAGCAUGGGAGACUGCUGAGGAGCAAGUUGAAAGGAUAAUGUAUGAACAUGGUGGCGAAGUGCUGCAGGAAAUCAGUGAGACCAUAGAAAGAUCUGUUGCCCCAUCCAAGGCCAGUGGUUUGAGUUCUGCUUUAGAGAGGCUGCUGAAGGAGGCUUCUGAAACACCCCCUCCUAAACCCAAACGUGCUGACAGCACAGCACAGAGAACUGCUGAGGUGCAAGUUAAAAGCACAACUUACGAGUCUGAUGGGGAGUUGCUGCAGGAAAUCCAUGAGAUAAUAGAAAAGUCUGUUGCCUCAUCUUCAGACAGUAACUUGAGCUCUGCUUUAGAGAAGCUGCUGAAGGAGGCCUCUGAAACACCCCCUCCUAAACCAAAACAUGCUGACAGCGCAGUACAGAGAUUUCUGAAGGUGGAAGCUGAAAGCAUGACCUAUAAGCAUGGUGGAGAGGUACCUCAGGAAAUCAGUGCGAAUAUUGCCCCAUCCAAGGCCAGUGGCUUGAGUUCUGCUUUAGAGAGGAUGCUGAAGGAGGCCUCUGAAACACCUUCUCCUAAGCCCAAACGUGCUGACAGCACAGUACAGGGGACUGCUGAGGUGAAAGCUAUGAGCACAAGCUAUGGGCAUGAUGGGGAGCUGGUGCAGGGAGUUGGUGAGACCACAGAAAGACCUGCACUGUCCAACACUGAAUAUAGAGGGUCUGAUAAUAAUUUUCAGAAUCCACCCAAAGAGGUCUCUGAAAUACCAGCUUCUGUGCUGGAAAAUAUGGAUAAGAAAAUGCAUGCUAAAAUACAGACUAGUGUAAGUAUACAUGUUCCACAUCAACAAGACAGAGAUCACCCUCAAGAAAUACAAGAAACAAUAGAAAAAACUUCUGUUUCAAAUAUCACAAAAUUUGGUGAAUUCAGUCGCUCUUUAGAAAAACUUCUGCAAGAGGCAUCUGCAGUUUCAUGUCCAAUCUCCAAAGAUUUAUAUCAGCAAGAAGAAUUUGAGGAUCAUACAUUUCCCUCAGAAAAAGAGACUCUACUCAUGACAAGUUCACACCCAUACAACACUCCAAGUAGCUAUGAUACACAAAUGAAGAUAGUUCUCAAAGAGGGAGCUCCAGAAAAAUAUGUCAAAGCCUCAGUUAAUGAUCUUGGAAUAAGUAAAAUUGAAGCUUAUGGUCUUAAAAUAGAUGAAGCUACUAAUAAAAUGGGAGAGAGAAACAUGGUUCCAGUUGAUCUUCGUCCCUUGGAAGGCAAAACCAAUAUGGUUGAAGUCAAACCAUUUGAGAUAAAUGCAAAAGGGAUGAAUGAAAGCACAUUCUUGGAGGCUUCUGAACAGAAUUCAGAAUUUCAAGCACUCAUGAAUUUCAGAAGAACAAGUACACCGCUUAAAGAUGAGAGCAACUCCCCCCAGCCAGAAGAAGCUCAGUUCUGCUUAAUGUCGCAGCAUGAGGAUAACAAUGAAGACAAAGGCAACAACUUAAAUUUGGGAUCCAGGUUUUCAGAUGACAACUCUGAUUCUUACUCUGAAACAGGAAGUACAGCUCGUUCUGAAGAAGAAUUAAACCCUGUUUUGAUGGCUUUGAAAAGGAGUGCAGAUAGGAAAAAGCCUUCCAAAAGUCUAGAGGACAUUCCAUCAGUCACCUCAAAUAAAGAAAAACUAAAUAAACCAAAGGAAGAAUUAGUUCUUAGUGCUGAAGAUGGUCUGAAACCUGAUCAGCAUCAAGAGAGGACUGAAAAUGCAGCAGAAAUUUCCACAGUGACUUCACAGCCUGAUAAACCAUUUUCCAACCCUGAAAAACUCAAAGGACUGAGCAAGUCAGUACCAUCAUUCUUACAGGAAGAGAGUGAUGACAGAGAGACAGAUACAACAUCAGAAAGCAGUUAUUCCUUUGGCAGAAUCAAGAAGAGUCCCAGCUCUCUAACCAAUCUUAGCAGCUCUUCUGGCAUGGCCUCCUUAUCCUCUGUGAGUGGCAGCCUAAUGAGCAUCUACAGUGCAGACUUUGGCAACGUGGAUGUGAAGGGGAACAUUCAGUUUGCCAUUGAUUAUGUGGAACAGCUGGACGAGCUCCAUAUCUUUAUUUGCCAGUGUAAAGACCUGGCAGUGGCAGAUGUUAAGCGACAGCGUUCAGACCCGUAUGUAAAGACCUACCUGCUUCCAGAGAAAUACAGACUGGGCAAACGGAAGACAUCUAUCAAAAAGAAAACUUUUAAUCCAGUCUAUAAUGAAAUACUGCGGUAUAAAAUUGAGAAGGAGCUCCUGAAGAAUCAAAGCCUCAAUAUCUCUGUCUGGCACAAUGAUACCUUUGGUAGGAAUAGCUUCCUUGGUGAAGUGGAGCUGGAUUUAGGAGCUUGGGACUGGAAUGACCCAUCCAGUAAGCAGAUCAACUGGUUUCCUCUCAAGCCAAGGACUUCAGCAAUAACUCUUAAUCUAGAAAACAGAGGGGAGAUGAAACUAGCCCUGCAGUAUGUCCCACAUCCGGUUGGAGGAAAGAAGACUUUAUCUACUGGUGAGGUCCACAUCUGGGUGAAGGAAUGCCAUAACCUCCCUCUUCUGAGAGGCAAUAGGCUCAACUCUUUUAUUAAAUGUACCAUUCUUCCAGACACCAGCAGAAAAAGUCGCCAGAAAACAAGGACGGUUACAAAAACGACAAACCCGGUAUUCAACCACACCAUGGUCUAUGAUGGCUUUAGACCAGAAGAUUUGAAAGAAGCCUGCAUAGAACUCACAGUCUGGGAUCACAACAAACUAGCAAACCACUUUCUGGGAGGCCUCCGGAUAGGACUUGGAACAGGCAAAAGCUAUGGAACUACGGUAGAUUGGAUGGAUUCUACUUCAGAUGAAACUGCCCUUUGGGAGAAGAUGAUGAACUCUCCAAACACCUGGAUAGAAGAUACACUACCUCUCAGGAUGCUUAUGGUUGCAAAAUUGACAAAAUAAGGUGGAUUUUUAUUUGUUAGUGUCAAAAAGAAACCUUGGGAAUUAAAUAGAAAGCAUAGGGGUGGAACUUGGAAGAGGAACACAGCUUUUUUGACAGCUUCUGCUCUGUUACUGUUCUGGUUUUGUGCUGUCAGAUGUCACUUUGUAUUUCAAACAUCUGCUUGCAGAUCAUUAUGUAAAUUGUAGGGAUUUUAAAAUUUCUUAUUCACUGAAAACAAGAAAGAAGGUGCUUACAGAACCCAGUGUUAGAGGUAGCUGUGAUACCUGGAUGAUUGUGUUGUCUAACUGAAGCAUUUCUGAUUCCUUAAAUGAUCCCAAUAACCAGCAGAAAUAUAAGAGCAAGUCAACUGUUUCUGUACAUUGCUUGGAUUGUUUAUGAAGUCUUACUGAUGAGACAGCAACAUUAGUGUUAAAGCUCAUUCGUAUGUAUUUGUAUCCUUAUUAAGCCAUGUUAGGUCUCACCAGCGUGGAUUAUGGGCAUGAAGAAUUUAGUUUUUUGAAAGUUCCUCCAGUUGUAAUUGUACAUUUCUAGGACAUGAAAGUUACUUCCUCAAUGAAAGAAGUGUGGCAUGAAGUGGUAUUGUUGAUGUCCUGUUCUGCAAGGUGCAGAGGACUUAGUUCCAAUGUACUGUAAAAAUCAGGGUUAUAAAAGGUUUGCUUUAUAUAUGUGUUAAUCAUCUUGCUAGCAUACAAUACUUAGUCUUAAGUGCAGAACAUGUGAAGGUGAAACUUUUUUUUAUUCCAGUGCUACUCAAGAGGAUCUAAAUGUGCCAAUUUUAGUGCUGACAAGGACGUUGGGUAUUUAUUCUCCAAAGUGCACUUGUUUGUACCUGUAUCCAUUGGUUCGGGUUUUUUUGCAAGAAUUGAACUUACCUGUGCUUCAGCGCCACCGUUAGGAGACUGGGAGGACUGUGGUGGGCUUUGCUUAGUUUUGAGGCAUAGGAAAUAAGACUGGAGUUUUUAACUUGUAGAAAUGCAUGCUACUGGUAGAUAAAUACAUAAAAUAAAAAAUAUAUUCAUUUUGUUUUCUUUUUUAAAUAAAUGCAGCCUAUUUAAACUAAA